CUAGCCUCAUUGAGACUUAUUGAGACUUAUACAUGACAUCAUUCCAUAUAAAGCCUUACUACUGGGCAAACUAGCCAAAGUUUUAUUUAUGGUAUUCUGACUGAGAAAUGUUGGUCCUGCUUCUCUCUUUUUUCCUGGACAUGUAUAAACAUACUCUGUAUUGGAUCUUGGCCAACGUGUUUCAACACAUACACAAUCGUGUUCUGCAACCACUUCUGCUGUGAGUCCCGAUUCAGUUGUUGGUAUAUGUUUGUGUGUGCAAGGAUUGCCUUCCUGCUGGAGAGUUUCAGGAAUGAGUGAUUAGUGUUGAUUCAAAUGGAUUAAGAUACAAGAAAAAAGUAUUAGCAUGAGAGAUCUUUGCCACCAAUAUAAACUGUUCCCAGGCAGGGGAAUUUGAAUUGGAUUACGGAAGUCAGAAUUUCCAGCAUGCCAAAAUGCCGAUUUUGAGGUAUGAACUCAAGUCAUACUCACAUGUAAAUAUCCCAACUAUUCACUUUCCUUGGCCUGACCAGCACCCCAGUUACUUGCUUUCUUUGGCUUUGGUGGUUCCAGUGUGACAGAGCCAGAGUACUCAGACUACUGUACCAGAAAGCCGCAUACUCCUCAGCGUCAACUCUUGAUGAAUCCUUUAAACCAAUACAAAUAUCCAGGCUUAUUGAGAGAUGGGUCUUAUUUAUUUUGUAGGGAUGGAAAUGAUUGACAUUGUUCAGGUAAUAGAGUGAUCAAGAUCUUGUUAUCCAUGUUUCCAAGAGUACCUUUUAAAUGUCUGGUGUGGAUCUGUGAGAAAAGGCUGUCAUGAGGACAGUUUUGAGCAUAGACACUUCAUAAUGAUUUGGAAAGAACAAAGGAAAAAAAAAAAAAAAUGCCCUUUGUGGCAACCAAACAAAACCCUGCAAAACGGAUGCAGGGAGAUAAAACCAUUAGAAACAAGUGAAACCAUAACAAACAGUGCUGCCAUAGUAGUACAGGGUCUUUAAGAAAAACAGAGAAGGAAGGACGAAAAAACAGAUACUACUGUGAAUGGGCGAGUUCACAUAAAACAGUAUGUCCUCUGACCUCUUUCCAUGGAUCUUACUAAAAGGUUUUGAGAAUGUUCAAAAACAUUUGGCUAAUUUGUGAAAAAUACAUAUUUAAAAAUGUUGGCAGCCUCUGAUCUUCUUGUUCCCAGAGUGACUCGUAUGAAAGAAGGCCUGGAAUCACAGGAGGGAGGCUGGGUUUCUUGCAAUGAGAGACACUGAGAGACCUGGACUCCAGUUCUGUUACUGACUUCUGUGUGAUACUAGGCAGAUUUUUUAUUCAUUUCCCUGAGCAUCAGGCUUCCAUCUACUAAAAGUCAAUGAUCAAAUUUCCUCCCCUUUAAGAUCCUUUUGAUAAGUUUUAUGUAUCUCAUUGUUUCUGGGUCAGCCAAAAGAACAGGAAAUACUGAAAUCCUGAAACUCCCCUCAGAUACACUUCUGACGAGACUUCUUGUCCACUUUUAAAACAUGAGUUUUUCAGAUAAGCUUUGGAUAAGCCUCUGAAGUCUGAAAAGUAAAGCUAAACUAUUAAUACUCCAUUGUAAUAAUAAUAAUAAUAAUAAUAAUAAUAAUAAUAAUAAUAAUAAUAAUAAUAAUAAUAAUAAUAAUAAUAACAACAACACAAUGGUUUCUUCCAGAAAGGAAGGGAAAAAUCCGCCUAAUGAUUAUACCUGUGAUUUCUCAUGUCAGGCAGCCUAAAUAUUAGCAUCAUGAAUGCUAACAUCUGUGUCUACUGCUUGCUCGCUGUGCAGUGGAGGCAGAAGCCGAACAGACUGUCGCAGACAGUGGGCCAAAUCCUCAUCUUGGGAUAUGGGAGUUUUCCUACAGAAACUAGACUUGAGUAGUAUCUGGAUGAGAUUCAGGGUUCGGCUUGUGCUGCAGACUUCCAUAGAGAGAGGUCUAAUGGUUGCAUGGGAACAUCUGCUCUCUAAAGCGAUUUGAAAAAUAAAUAACUAUGUAAUAACUUGGCACAGCCUUGUUCCCAAUGUGGAGAAGACCACCCUUGUAGAUCAGGAAGGGGGACUUUGAAGCAAAAGAAACCUGGGACUGAUUAAACCAAAGGUCUGUCUAACCCCUUGUCUUGCUUUUUGAAAGGAGUCAGUACCAAACGUGCCAGAGGAAGGUGUAAAAUCCUUAUCAUUAAAAAUUAGACAUCAACAUGCCUAGAGUGAAAACAUUGUUCCUACCCCCAGGCAGUUAAUAAGUGGUUUCUGCCCUCAUGCCUGUAUGGUUUAUUUUAUAAUAUUAUAACUGCAAAUGUUCUUGUUAUUCAUACUUUUUUCUUUUUUUUUUAAUCCCACUUCUUAACCUUAGUAAAACCUAUUGUGAGUUCCCAAGGCUGAUUACACAAGAUAUACACUGCUUUUCCUAGCCAUCUGCUGCUGGCCACCACUGGAAUCAGGCAAAUGAGUGAGUUGGAUCUUUGAUCUGACAUUUUAAAACCUUUUAACCUGUCAAUGAUCAUUGGUAAUUAUCCAGUCAUCUUGAUAUUUGUAGAGCUAGACAUGAACAUGUACUUCCUUUAGAAGGAAGUGAAUUCCUUUUCAGAAGACAGCUGAGCAUUUCUGGACUCCUUUCAGCACUGCUGAAUACACCAACCUCUAGCUGCUGGAGGCAUGCAUUGCAAAUCACUCUUUAAAUCUUAGCAACAUCUGUAAUAAGAUAACUUGGAAAUUGUUUUUAGUCAUUGAGAUUACGUAGUCAUUCAGUAACUUUUAUAAGAUAUAGUGCUGACACUGUCUUUGUGAUCUGAUUUCCUUUCUUUAAAUCAUGUUAAUGAAAAGAAGAGAGAGGGUGGAAAGCUACAAGCACUGUCAGCUGCUGCAUUGGAUAAUUUUCAGCAAAUGCCUUUUUAUAUAUAUGAAGAAAAUGAAAGCCAGAAUUUUUAGUUUCAUGCAAGGCAUGAUUUUCUCAGAUAAUGUCUUCUAAUCGUUCAGUCUAGUUCUCUUCCUAGAGUCUCUGCUGCUGCCCACUUGAAAAUUGAAAAGACGUUUAGGGAAGGAUCUGCCUAUGAUAAAUGAACAAUGAUUCAAAUUAUGGCAAAACCAAUCACAGUAUUCAGGAAAACAAUAUUCAAGAACAGUGGCUAUCAGUUAUUAAGACAUUUCUUGCUGGUGAGAUGUAAGUAUGGUAGAGCUGAAGCAUGGAGACCAAGCAAAUUAAUGUUUCCUGAGUACUGAAGAUUCAGCUGCAAUAUCUGCUCCGCAAUUUUGCAGUCAGAAGUAGUGGACCACCCAGCUGGUGGUGGAUCUAAUCCAGUGGGUUUAACCAUACUCAGUAGCUCAGCUUUGAUGCUGAGGAAGUGGGGAAAUGUCUAGAGCUGAACACAGUGAUGCAUGGCAGAUCUCUUGCUUUCUCAAGAGCGACUCAGUUACAAAGACAUUGGUGAUCUCUGUUCUAGACCACAGCACCUCUCCAUUUAAAGACUGAAGUGCCUAUGCCUUUACAAAGGAGACCAGGAGCAGGGAGGAAAACAGAACAUUGUUACUUGUUCAAGUUUUUAAGAUUUCCAAAAUUUUCAGAAAAAUGGAACAUCCAGAGGCAGUGAAUUGGCAGAAACCACAUCAAAACAGAAGGGAAAUUCUUAGCUUUAAGUGCAGAAAAAAGACAGGGACUAUGUCUUCCAUCACUGCAAAAUCAAGAAACUAUUGUUCUCAUGCCUAGUAUCGGCCUUCUCUGUGAUGAGAGAAGAUAUUAUCCUCUCCUUCUGAGACAUGAGACAGAGGGAAGCUGUGGCUGAACAAAAAAGGAGCAGAAGACUCCUGAGCACUCACUCAGUGUCUUUACCACAAAACCGUCCUUUUCAAAAUAAACAGGCACAAGUCACAAAUGCAAUAACAUGAGAAAUUCAGCUCCUGUUGUUUCAUGUUCAGGCCUUCCUGUAACAAUUAGUUCAUCUCUCUUUAAGUGAAUUGAUGACAGACAAUCACAAAAUUCAUCUUGUUUAAAUGCUUCUUGGUUCCCUUAUUAUCAUCUGAAAAAUCUGAUUAUUCAUUCAACCAUGGGACACUACACAGGAGAGGCAGAUGAAACAGUCUUCUAAAACUUUAUAUUUGGCCACUGGAAGGUCCAGACUUUCAAACAUAUCUCCAGUUUUCAGCGUAGGAAAACUAAUGGUUAUUUUAACAAAUGACCCACAUCUUUAAUAAAUAAUUGGGGAUUAUUAAUUGAAAAAAAUAUAUAGGAAUAUUUUCAAAGGAGAGGAAGUAUUUACUAUAUUAUACUUGAAGAUGGGUGGAUAAUUUCCACUUUUCUCCAGUGAUUCCUUGUAAAAUGUUUUCAGCUUUUUUUUUUUUUUUGGUAACUUUUUGUGAAUAAAAAUGAGAAGCUGAUUUUUGUUAUUAACAGUUGCAAUCAUGCUUAACCUUGCAGAAAAUCCUGAUGCCUUGUUACAUUUUUUUCUGAAAACCUGUGUCUUGGGAAAGAAAGUUCUACCAGAACUAUUUUUCUCCUCUGCAGAGAGGAAAAAUUGUUCUCCACCAGCAGGCAUUGAUUGACAGCCUUCUGAUGAGAGAAAAUUACAUCUAAGUUGCAUAAAGCAGGAGAUGGCACCUGUGGUAUGAUUCCACUUGACCAUCUCAACAGCCAAAGAAAUGGUCAAGGUAAGAAAUUCCGCAAGCAGCUAUCCUCAUGCUUAGUCCCCUACAGAGGAGAAAGGGAACAUGUUCAGCCCACAGAGUUACUUAAAACACUGAGGUUUGCAGAUCAGCUCUAUGGCUGCUAUUCUGCCUGUACUUUGAAUGCUUUCCCCUCUCCACAUAUAUAUGUCUACAGCAUAGUUCCAGACUUAGCACCUAAAUGUUGUGCUUAAGAUUGUUCUUUUUGUUUGUUUGUUUUGUUUUGCGUUGUUUUCCUUUCCUUAAUGAAGCAUAUAGACAAAAAAUAGUCAGUUUUACAUACUUGUUUAUGGAAUAUUUGUGUCAGUGUUUUUGUUUGUUUGUUUGUUUGUUUGCUUUGUUUUCCUCUAUGGACUAGAGAUUAAUAAUGCCCCAGAAAAUGAAAUAAUGUUUUGAAAGGAUUCUUUAAAAAUGUUCCAUGCAACCACCAUGGUGUAGUAAUACUGCAAAGGACUGGUGUUUCUGUCUCUUCAUUCUUGUCCAGAACAUAUUCACAGUGUGGUGGCUGCUGUUUCUCAAAAUGGACUCACUGUUUAGCUCCAUGUAUUAUAUACAUACCUUCUUCUCUGUACCAUUUCUCCUAAUACAGCAUGAAAUAUUGUGAUUUAACAAUGUUACUGGUAAAUCACAGGCUAUUUCAUACCACCUACUACUUCAUAUCCUCGAUUAGGUCCUGUCUAAUUCCCAAAACAGAGUUAAGACACUAUUUUUUUCAGUACUAUAUUUUCAAAAACAAAGAAUUGUUUGGAAAACUAUAUGUAUUAAUUUCUACAGCUUCAAAUGAAAUUAAUGCUCCCUGUACACAUAUGGACUUCUUAUAAAUAGGAUGUUUCCUUUUCUGUCCAGUUUUGAUUCAAGAUUCAGUGUGAAUUUUAAGUUGACACUCACAAAUGUCAAUGGAAAAGAUUUUAUGAACAUACUUUUUGUACACCUUUUCUGUAAUGUUCUAGGCAGGUUUUAACACUAAAAGGUAAUGUGAAAAUGAAACCUGUGAUGUCUAAAUAACUCAAGAUACAGAACUGAUAUUUUUCAAGAAGAAAGAUUAUUUUUAUAAGAAACUGUAAACACUUCACUGUGAAGUGAUUAUUAAGUAAAAUUAGAAAUGGCAAGUUAUCUGAGACAUCUUUUCCUCUUCUAUUGCUCAAUCAUUACUCUGCAUAGAUGUGAUAAGCCAAUGUUGUCAGCUUGCCUUAUUAAGGACUACCAUUUUUUCAUACACACAUUCCUAAUUUUGGUAGACAAUCUUUUAGCAAAAAGCCUGACACUUGUUAUGCUGCAAGUGUUUUGCAUUAGGAAAAAAAAACAAAAAAAAGAAAAAAAAAAAAAGCUGUGGAAAGAUUUGUUUGUUCGAAAGGAAACAAUCACAGAACAUUUUAAUUUCCUGCUAUAUCCAUACUUUUGUUCCCCAUCAGGUGGGGCUUUGACAUGUGUUUAUGCUCUGCACUGUGGUGUCCUUAUCAUGUGAAAAGUUGUUCUACCUCUUCCAGGAAUAACCUAUAGGAAGGAUAGAAAAUCUUCCCAUUUUUAUCCCCCAUAGCACUCAGCCAUGCACAACAAUGCCAAGGUGGUGUGAAGCAGAGCCUCCCAGCAUCACAGAAGAGCAGCUGCUGAGAAGGAAACAGAAGAAUGGAGACAAAAAGGCCAAUAGGAGGAAUCUGUACAGUUAUUUGCUUGGACACAAUACCAAAAAGGCAGCUCUUGAAGAGUGACUUUUUCUUCAAACUCAGUAUUAAUUUUCUGAAAUGUAUUAAGCCAAAGGGAUUUUUUAAACUUGUCUAAUAAGUAACUAUGAAUGCCAGAUGCAUUUGUCACCUCAUCUAUCUAAGGUUUGUUUGUUUUCUUUCUCUUCCAUCAGCCUCAUUGGGGAGCUCUGUAGCAGUCAGCAGUGCUCAGCCACUGUGAAUGAGCUGGAGGCCAUACUUCUCACCCCGGCCAGGUGCACCGUGCCCUGCCUCCUUGCCAGCUGCAGGCAAGGAGCCUUGCAGGUGCUGGAGAUGCUGCCAUAGGAGGAAGGGGAAAUUGGAUGCUUGUGAUGAGAUAGAAAUAUUGGGGAGGUAGGAAGUGUGGACGUAUCUCAAUUUGUGGCUCAGCUGUGAGGCACAAAUGCCUGGGGAAUUCUAUUAACAAAAUAUAUUAACAUAGGUUUUCUGUGAUAACUGGGUCAACAAUAUUAAUUUUUCUCACCCAGGGUCAAUCACAAAGCAUUUGUGCCCAUAUACCUUUUCAAAUACAUUUGCAUGUAGACAAAUCUGUAUAUAGAUAGAUAAAAAGUAAAAGCUCAUACUCACAGGUGCUUGCGUGCAAAUCAAAAUGGGGAGUGGAAACAAACAAACAAAUAAAAACAAUUGCACAAUUCCUGUUAACAAAAGUAUAUCUGCUAAUUUGAAACAGUCGUAGACAAAAAUAUCGGUACUAAAUUUAUUGGCUCAGUGGCAGAUAAAGACACAUUGUGAUGAUUUGUGCUGCAAAGGGGCCUCCACUUCUUUAAACAACCUAUGGCAAUAUUGCUUUGCUGGAGCUAUUGGAAAGCCAGCAGGAAUCUCUCAGAUGGAGACAUGUAACAUACCAGAUGUGGCUUAGAGGAAUGAGUAGAGGGAGAGCAACAGCAGUAAAAUUGCACAAAAUUUUAUAGCAAUUUACAAACCACACAAAAGAGGUGGGCAGCAGGAGAAAAAUACUCAACUCAGAGUUAUAAUCGGUGUUUGCAGAAAUGUGGGAUUUAGUCUGCAGAGAUCAUCAGCCAGUAUCUGAACCACUUAAGAUGCCUGUCAGGCCCCCUUGGGGAGCUGCUGUGCUGUCUACAUCAGAAGCCAGCUGCUAGACUUCGUUGUAGUGUAUUUGUUCUUAAAUAGAUGAUAAAACCAGGGAGCCAAAUUCCUGCUUCAGUUGUGCAAAGGCAGGCUCAAGAACUAGACAUAUGCAUAAAAUAUAGAAGUUAGGUUCCUCAGAAUAAGCUUACAGAGGUAGCAUAUUUUUUGUUUGGGGAUUUUUCUUUUUUCUGUUUUCUUCAUCCUGUCAGAACAGAACAAGACCACUGAUCUAUGUUCUUACCUGAGAAAUACCAAGGCCUCUUAAAGAUGGAAACAGAAAUGAUUUGAUAUUGUUAAUGGUUAGCUUUAAUGGUUAGCUGAGGGCAAUGGUUAAAUCACAGUUUCCAAAGGAAAACUCGUCAUAAAAGAUUGAGUAUUUGGUCUGUAUAUCACAAUGUCCCAGUUGCAGCUGUAGCUGUAAGAAAUGCUUUGUUUCCAGAUGUGUGAGACAGAUGAUAUUCUGGUAAAUAAACGGGGGGAGUGGAGGAGGGAACAGAAAUUAAAUUUACCCAUCUGAAAUGUAGAUUACACCUGGCCUAAACCUUUAUACUUCCUUUUCAGUUACUCAGUGCUGUGGAUUUCAUUUUGGACAAGCAUGGAUUCAGUUAAUGAUGGAAAUGUGCACAGUGUUGAUACCCUCUCUAUUACUGAACUAAAGAAAGCCUCUGGUCUCUGAAAACAAUGGUAGAAGUUAUUCCAGUCUCCACAGGGAUAAUUAGCUCGUUGUCUCUGCCAGCACCAUCAGCCUUACCUAACAAAUUAGAGUGAGCUGCAUGGACCUCCCAGACUGCUUUUAACAAGAGACUGCUCCAUGUGAAAGAACUGAAGAAGCCUACAUUUGGAUCUGCCACCCUUCAGAUUCACAACAGGAAUUUCCAUAUUCAAAAUUGUACCACAUUUCUGCUAUGUUGUGUCUUUUUCUGGUUCUAAUUCCUGUGCAAGAAACAUUCUAGGACACAUUAUGUUUCCUUUGAAAUGCUUGUUGUUACAGGCUAAACAAAUUGCUUUUGGUCAUAGAAGUUCUAUCCUCCCGACACUGCAAAAAUUCUGUCAUGUACACUAUGCCUUUUUCUUGGAGUUUUCUAUUUUUAUGGUUUGCAAUAUAUAUGCAAGCUACCAGAAAUCACUAAAGUACAACUGGUAUUUUUAAAUGCUGCACAUGUUGUGUAGGUUUAUCUUGCAAGUAGCUGGCAAAGAACAGAAGAGUGAACAUGUAUCUUCUCUAAUGAGAUAUUAUAUUUAAUUUUAAAAUGUUCUUUGGAAAAUGGUGUUUGUAUCAAAUAUUUGUAACUGAGUAUUUUGCAGGUUUGAAGUCAGAGCCUUUUGACAAAUUUUACCUGUGGGUGUGUUCCACGUGAAAGAUGCCAUGGAGGACAGUGAGCACAGCUUUCUUGUUCAUCAGACCUGGUUUCAUCACAGGUCCCACUUAUAGGUCCUUGCUUCUCUGCCUACCUGUGUGUGUAUCAGCAUCUCUCAAAGAACAAUACACUGAAGUACCUUAGACUGCUUUGUUCAUACAUACAUGUCACUUUGGGGGAUGAACUGACUAGCAGUUAGUUCAUCUGAGGCAACUGAAGCCUGAAAUCUAAAUAAAAAGAGAGUGCUGCACAGCUCUGCCAAUAGGAUCAUAUGCCUUGAUGCUUCUCUGUAAAACUAUGCAUUUGAUUCCCAGCUGUUUGCAUUAUUAAUGUCUAUGCUAGGGAGCUUUUUAAACAAUGCUGGGGAAAUUGCCUGUGGCAGGGGAAGUGUGAGCCCAUCUAAACUAGCUGUAUGACCCACGGCUUAGGAGAGCACUUUUAGAAAUAUGUGGACCAUGGCCAUGGUCCAGUAACAUCAAAAGCUUCAAAAUUUGCCUUGCCCAUCUAUGAAGCAAAAACGUGUGUAAUUGAGAUAGCUGGGUCUUGAGAAUUCCUUCUGAGAAAGAUCUGCAGAUGGUACAGUUACCCGGAGUACAGGAAUCCCUAGAGAAAGGCUAACGUGUUUGGCUGUCUUUGUUACACAGAAACAAAACAAAACAACAAUAAAAAAAAAAGGAAAAAAAAAAGCCUUUUUGGCAGGAGAGAGAGUAAAUAUGUCAUUGGGUAAGAAUCCUGCAGCUGGCUAACACUGUAGCUGAGAAAGUUAAUUACAUACAAGAAGAUGUCAGGAUAUAGCUCAGACAACAAGCGGGACUGGAGCAGAGGUUUGGACAUGGCAGUCAGCAUUCCCUCGGCAAAGAUGUGCUGAGCUUGCAUGCACAGCCUGGGCAAAUGUCCUGGCUGGAGGAAUCCAGCCUGUGGCAUGUGGGCAUGGAGUCUGUGGGCAUGUGCACAGAGCAGUUGUGGCUAUUUAGAGACCUGACAUGUGCCAAAUGAAAGAGGUUGGAUCUGGCAUUUGGCAUUAAGGCUAGCUCUGCUUUUAGUCAUUCUAAAGUGCAAACAAAUACUCAGAUACUCAAUAUUGAAGCGUCCAAAAGUGCAGGACUGCAAAACUGAAAUAUUGCUUUUUUUUUUUUUUCUUUUCUUUCUAUUUUUAGAAGAGAGGAUAUGCUUUCCUCCUGGCACUACAGCAUGGCUAAAAUCAAGAAAGAUCUAAGUAAAUCAUUCUGUAUGAGGGUGGGCUUCAGCUCCAGCUUUGUUCAGGUGUCAGUACGUGAACUGGUGUCUGAGGACUCACUGACACACUGAAUAAUAAAGUCAAGGGGGCCAAUAUCGCCCCAUUGAUUUGGCACUACUGCAGGUACUUCGCAAUGGUCAGCUGAAUAUCUGUAGACUCCAUCAAUAUCCAUACACCUGCGUAUGCAUGGGCAUUUAAUGCUCCCAGGUAUGCUGUCUGGCUUCCAGUGGCUGCUCCAGUAAGGUCCUUGCAGGUCCUGUGAUGUAUUUGCCAACCCCAUGUAGAUCCCUUGAAUGCCACAGGACAUAUCGAAUGAAAAAGCCUUUCUGUGGCAGCAGAAGAAAACCUUAUUGAUUGUAUUGACUAGACCACUGUUGACUAUAUCUAAACACAACAAGGAGUAGAACAUGUUGAGUAGAUGUAGAAAACAGUAGACAGCUAUUAACUAAAACAUUCUUGUGCUGUCUUUGGAUGCUAGUUUGGUUAGCACCCACCUCACUUCAGAAAGCAGUGUGCUGAACAGCAUGUAUUAGGAAAGUGCUUAAGUAAGGGCUAAAUAUUAAGAGCUAAGACUCACUGGUACUUCUGAUACCCAGCAGGCCCAUCCUGUGGUAGCUUCUGUACUAUAAAGCAAGGAAUUUUAUUAUUUCAGUGCAUUUUCUCCUUCCUUGAAGAACUGUGAAGUUUGUCCCUUACGAGCUGCCUUUUUUCCCUCCUUCCUUCCCUUAAUCAACUUCUAAAUUUCUAGCUGGGCAAAGACAUUAUUUAUGACAAAACAAAGCCACAGUUAAAAAAAAAAAAAAAAAAAAAAAAAAAAGACAAACAUAUGGCUAAGCAUUUUAACCUUAGCUAAACACUGUAAAUUUGUUAGGAGGCAAAGAACAAAUAUUUAUGUUUGCUUCUGCUUGUUGCUGUCACGGAAUUUGGUAGGCUGAGUGGGACGUGGCACAGCAACAGCACGGAAGAGCUGUGGUGUAGUGUGGCUGGAGCAGGUCCCAUUAAAGGAACGAAAAGGUCCAGCUGCUUGUCCAAUCCAGCCUGACACUGAAAUUUAGUCCUUCCUUACCUUACUAUAGCCCUGCACUGAGGUCUAUAGUCAGAAGUCCACGAUCAAACCAGUAAAUAAUGAUUUGUUUUCCUUGUACAUGGAUCUUUUUGUACUUGUAAAUCAUAAAUGCUCUUCUCCUCAUACACUUGCUUUCCACAUAUGCCCAACUUGGAUACCACUAGUCUUGACCUUGGCUUUGUCCAAUUUGGAUCUGUAUUUUAAAUGGUAUUUAAGAUCUACAUCUUAGGGAAAACUAGAAUGUGUCUCCUACCGUAAAGCAACGUAUAGUGAAGAGAUACCUGAACUAACAAUGACCAGAUAAGAUUUCCAGAUGAAGCAGAAUAGCAUGGUGCCAAUUUUUCAGUUCAUGGUUGUCUGCUAAGGGGAGUUCUAGCAACAGAAAUGCAGGUUUCCCAACCUUUAAAUUAGUAUUUCAGAAACUGAAGAGUAAAUGUUCAUAACUUGUAUGAGAGAUUAUUUGGAUUCAAAUGGCUCAUAUUCUCUCUGUAAUGCUUUUAGUGUAUUUACCUGAAAAGAUUUUAAAAUUGACAAUAAAGAUACUAAAUUAAAUCCUGUCAGUACUAAAGCUAAUGACAACCUCUUCUUGACUUUUCCCAGGGACAGAAUUUCACUCAUUAUAACAAGUUUGUUUUAUUCCUGUCUUGCUGGCAAAAGUGGUAUCCCAUUAUGACCCAGUUAGCAUAUUUUUCCAUCUCUAGAACAGAGAAUCUUUCUGUGAAGUUGUUCUGGGAGGAGCCAUUCUAGGACCACCUCUCCCUUGUGUCUGGAACAAAGGCUUGGGAUGCUCAUCUGGUACCACCAGUAUGAUGAAGCCCUUAUGCGUGGUCCAGAUCCAAGCUACGUGGUGCUUAAGGAGAAGAGAUGUGCCAGACUGAGGAGUAAGUGGGCUUGGUGCCAUGUCUGAUACCGUUUCCUCUUCAUGGAAAUUAGUGUGAAAAAUCUAUGUACGUAGCUGUUCUGAAUAGCCAGAUGAUAUUUUUAUUCCUCUUUCUGUUCUUGUGGUUAACACUCAUUGCUGACUUGUUUCUCAAGUGGAAAAGCUCCACAUCAAGCUUUGAUGGUAUUAUGGGUCUUUCUGCUGCCAUGCACUGUGCAGGAGUUGGCAAGAAAGGUCAAAUCUCCUGUCUGCUGGCUCAUAUCCCACAGCUGCAGGAAGUCUCAAAUUUUUUACACAGAAAGAAUUUCUGACUCCAAAAUGAUUUCCAGGAGCUCUCCAGUAUGGGAACUUUCUAGAGGACAGAAAUCAAAGCAGGAACAACAGAAAGAGCUGCACUACAUAUGGUCACAAUCUAUAUUCUAAGAGAAAAACAAGUUAUUUUCUUCUCCAGUACCAGAUACAGUAAUUUUGAGGGUACAAAUUUUACCCUGCUUUACAAAACAGAGACCAGGAAUCACUUUCUUGGAGAAAUAAGCAGAAAAGUGUUGUGAAAAGCAUAGUAUUUAUUUAUUUAUUUAUUUUCAGAGCAUGUUAACUACUCAUACAGCUUGACUUUUGUUUUUCAGAGAAAGAGAUCCUUGUUCAUAUGCACCAUGACGAUCCAUUUCAGAGCCUGGAUUUGAAGUUAAGCAUCUGAUAUACAGCUAGUACUACAGAUUUGUAGCACUCAUUUUACUGGCCUGUUUGGGUCCCCUGGAGGAAUGGGAUGAUUAUCACCCUGGAAGGUUCUUCAGGCACCAGAGGCACAGCAGCAAGCCCCAGAGAAACUGUUUGUUGUUGUUGUUGUUUUUCUUUAUUUUUUUUCUUUAUUUCCUUUUUUCUUCUGUUCAGUCAUUUUUUUUGAAGGUUUUCUUUUGAAGUUCAUCAUGUCAUUCAUCUUCUUCCUAUGUAUCCAAAAAGAGACAGAAAUUAUAUCCAAAUGAUAUUCUGUCCUGUGCAGACAGAAGAGACAUGACAGAGAUUUUUCUUUCACAAAUAGAGCUGAGCUUUUAAUCCAGGUAUGCUGCAAUAUUUUAGGAUGAAAGGUAGAGAAGUAAGAAGCAAAGAAUACUUAGAAUACAGAAAUAUUUUUCCCUGCUAAUUGUAUUUUCUUGCUGCUUUAUGUUUGAAAGCCAAAAAAUGUGAUAAGAAAAAAUACAAGCAAAAGCCAAAUGCUAUCUGUCCUAAUUAAACAAGCUGCCAAAAAAAUACAAAUGAAUACCCCCAAAAAUCCAUACGCUGCAUUGCCAAUAUCCAAAAACAAUAUUUUACCUCAUGUUUCCAUAAUUUCCCUUUACAACUGAAAACUGUGUUUGGGAACACACCAAUUUCUAUUGUUCCUUGCAUAGCAUUUAUCAAAUGUCUCUCUACACUGCAGUCAUUCCUGUGUUUGAACCUCACGUAGACAUGGCUCUAAGAUUUCAGUGAGCUAACCUGGGUACUGCUCACAACAGAGAUGUGAUACCACAGAACUCAGCUUGGGCAUGCCUACCACGUCUCUAGGUUUUCCCAGGUACAUAUAUUUUUCACCUUGGAUUUUUCUAAAGGUGCGGUUUGAGGAAAGGUAAUACAUGUCUAGGCUGACUGGUAGCUUAUGUAGGGCAGAUGAUUUUAUCAGACAUGUGGAGACAUUUAUCAGUUCAUGUGGAGACACUAGAUGUACUAUUAGUCAUACGUUCAAGACUCCAGGCAACUGCAUGCACUAUGGUGGCCCUACACAGCCAGCCCAGCACUGUGCGACUGCCCAGGUACCAGGAAACAUUGGCUAAACUCCUUGAACAUCUUCUGCUCAUGUGGCCUGCACAUGCAUCUGAAGUUAUAUGCCUCCUGUGCACAUCAGAUUUACUACUUGUGCACAGAAAAAAACAAACAAACAAACAAAAAAACUGUGUUGUAAAUCUGAUUCUCAUGGAUGGGUUGCUUUAUUUGUCUGCUCACAGUUUACUGUAUUUUGAUAAAGUAACAUGACUUUGGACUGCCAUAUAAGUCUAUCUGCUUAUGAUGCAGAGGGCUUCAUGCAUAAUUCACCGGGCAUGAGAAACGGGGCAAUUGCCUCUUUUCUGACAAUGAACAGAGAGCUGAGGGAGACGUCCAGAGUCCAAGCUGCAAAAGCGGGGGCACAGCAGGCAGCAAGUCUGCAGCACUGCCAAAGCCCACAGUAUUCCUUGGGGCAGCUGCAUGCCAGCUUGCAUGAGGGAGCCCACCCAGAACUCCCAGGGAGCUCCUGCAAAAGUUGUGGCAAUGGAAGAAGCUAUGGAAAGUUGCUGGACUGGAUAGCAAAGCUGAUGGAAAGGAAUCAUGCUGCGAAAAUAUGCUGGGUUAGAGGAGGGCUUUGUUUUCAAACAUUUGAUUUUAAUCUGUUUCACUCAGUAGAUUUAAGUGCUUUAUUUUUGAAAAGAUUUCUUUUUUUUCAUUCUAGAGACUGCAAAUACUUUUGGUGGCUUUGGUAUGCUAAGCUUACAGAGAAGGUGGGACAAUUGUCCUUGAAGUUCUGGACUCAUACUGCUGUCUGUGAAACAGUCCACUUUUAUCAACAUACUUCUGUGUCCUGCUCUAUGAUGCAUAGAAGCAGACAACUAAUAAGGCCCUGCUCAGGCAAGGCAAAGGGUGUUUUCCAGCAUGUCAUCUUGUUCAAGGUUAUGUCUCCUGGUACAGGUGCUACGACAGCAGCGCAGGUGUGUCCUGCCUGGUCCUGCCUGGUCCUCCAGGUAAAAGCCAGUGUACCAUCUUUGAAGUCAGAGCGCCUCUGCCUAAGUGCUGCUUCUUGCCUACAUGAGGCAGGUUGUGGCUAUUUCUGUCAGACUACAAUCCAUACAGCAAGUCAGUUGCUGCUUCACACCUAUGGCCUUGUUGUGCUCCAUGAGUCCCCAGAGUGGGUGGGCAGUAUAAUGUUAUAUAAUAUAAAUAAAUAAAUAUAUAUAAAAAAUAUUAUUUGGGUCAGAAUCAUAAGAAAGAGAAGGAAGAGAGACAGAACAUACUGUAGCUGCUCAGUAGUCCUUACAUUGGCCACAGCAUGCAUAACCAUUGGCCAGUCAACUGCUGCUAAACAAAUGCAUUACGGCAAACCACAGAUUGCAGUUUUUCAUUUCCCAGCAUCAAAUAUUUGAAAUAUUCAAUUGCUUCUGAAAUCUAUUUCAAAUGUAUUCAGUGAUGGCCCACCAACUCAAAAAUUUUGCAGAUAGAUGGACAUAGUCAGACACAUGAAUAAUCAGCAGACUAAAUAAAUAGAUAAUAAUAAAAAAGUAGGUUUUCUGUAUGGAUCUUACUGAUUUGAAGUCUCUUUGUAAACAAUUCUUUGUAAACAAUUCCACAGAGAGCCUCAGUUUUGUAAACACCUCUAUACUUCACAAUGUUUGCUCUGGUUGGUAGCAGUCUGUAUGCAUACAUUUGAGUUGGCAUAAUCCACUUGUAGGAUAUUUCAGCAUUUUCCACAUGGAGUUGAAAUCUAUCCACAGUCCAAUAUGAAAACAUUAAUUUACCUAUAGUUCCAUUUCCAAGGAUCGCUUUUGGAAGGGUGAAUUUAGUGGCCGAUUACCAAAAUCAGGUGUUCAGCUGUGUGUCAUUCUCUUUGUAGUAGCCCAUUGCGAUAUUUUUUGAGGCCAAAUUGAAGGACAACAGGGAAUAUUUGUCUGAGUAGCUGUUGAUUUUCAGUAUGCUUUUUACUUAAAAAACAUUUAAGAAACUACAUUUUGUUCAGGCACAAUAUUAAGGGGGAUUACCUGGCCUCUUUCUUAAUUACUGUAACUCUGAAUAACAUGAGAUCGAAAUGAAUCUUGAUUUUCACAUUCAUCUAAGAAGACGGGGAGAGCUAAAGGGUUAUGUCAUCUACAGGUUAAAAAGGGAGAUUUGGACCUUAUUUCUGCAGCUGUUAAUUCUUAGUUUAGCUGCUGCCCACCAUGUACUUCUGGAGAUUAUUGGGAUUUGUUAUUGCUAUGUUAAUUCAUCUUUAUUAACUGUCAGGUUAUUUUGAGGGAUUUCCAAAACAUACACAUGUAUGCAUGCACACCAUUUAGUAUAUUUAGACUGUACCAUAAAUUAAAAAGAACCAAGGACAUGGGAACUCGUUCAUCUAUAUUGGUUAAAUAUUGGAAAAAUCCUUGUUAUGGAUUGAUUCAGUGGAAUUAACCAUCUCCCAAUAACUCCCAGACACAGGUUCAGGACCUGGCGAUGAGUUGGACAUGCACUGUUCCCACUGAUUACUUUGGAUGCCACUGCUUUAUUUGGGAUGAUAAGAUAGUUUAGCAAUAUGGAUGUGGGCCACUCCAUAUCAGUUGUCAUGGUGCCAGAGAAUAGCAUAUUUAAUUUAUUAGCAUAGAUGUAGCCUCAGUGUCCAGUGCAGCAGAUAUGCCACACAUCUGCUGGAGCUGCAGAGUGAUCUGAGCAGAGUGCUCAGUCAGUCUUGCAUAGCCUCGAUACAUGCAAUUAGUGUGCAUGAAUACUGAUUAUGCAUCUGCUGUAUCCAGGAUACACAUGGACCAUGUGCUUUUGCUGAGCAGAUGCAGAGUGUGCAGAUUUGUUACACAAGCUGCAUAGGUGUAGUAAGAUGUACCCACACAUAACACUUAUAUGACUGGUUUGAAAUGUACUAUAAGCAUAGAUUCUUUGCAUGUGUGCUGUGUCUCAAGGAGCCAAAUGUCUACUAUUCCCCAGCAAAAGGCCAAAUUUAUGAAUUUCAUGUUUGUUUUACCCAGUCAAUAGCAUCUCUAGGUGGAAACAGAACUGUGAUAAAUGCAAGUUUUUGAUGCCACCACACAGUGAGGGAGGUUCAGGUGUCUUUGCUUCCCUCCUGAUCUAUUGAUACCUCAGAAUCAUAGAAAUGAGAGAAAAUGGAUAUGCCAGGAGACUUGAGACAAUCGUGACAGUUGGUAGUCCAGGCCUGUUAGUGGGAAUUUACUGAGAUUUCAGAGACCUUAUGCAAAAUAUAUGGUACUCAUAUAUGGUACCUUUUUCUCAUUAGGAAACCUAAUCAGAUGCAGCAUAACUGUGACACAGUUCAUAACUAAACUCACUAAAUGUCUCUUAGAUUAAAUUUCCUAAAAUACUGAAAGGAACUAGACUCCUGAUUCCCAUUUAAAACCACUGGAAAAAUGACAAGCAUUUAACUUACCUCAAGAAGAAAAUGCAAUAAUCUUAGCUUUUUAUAGCCUUGUAUACGAUGUUUUAUAGUUGCAAACACAGUAUCAUUUCACUGCAUAGAUUCUGUGUAUUCUGUGAAGACCAUAAACUGCUAUCUAGUAUAGUAUUUCUUAGCUGUUUGUUUCUUUUGUCACAAACAUUUAUGGGAAACACAACAUACAGAGUGUAAUGGUAAGAGUACUGGAAAAAAGUUGUCACAAUAGUUGCUGCCAAAUGCUUUCUUUGAAAACAAUCUGCUGCAAACUUAAUGAGAUUUACUGCAUUUAAAAUGAAUUUAAAAGCCUUUAGCAUUUUACUCCUAGCUAAUUUUGUAUAAAAUGAUAAACCUACUAAUUGCUGUAAGAAUACAGCUAGAAAGAAGUCCCUGAAAAAUAUAUAUAUUUUUUUAAACUACAAACCUUUAAUUGUAAAUGAUGUGCCCAGCAGAAGUUCAGUCACAAUCUCAGCCUCAUUAACAGAGGACUUCAUUACAUUUAUGUUACAUAAGAGCCUUCCCUCUGUCUUCCUAGAUAUUUUUGUUUUGUUUUGUUUUUGAGGAUUCUUUUGCACAUGUGUGUAUCCAUCUGCCCAACCACAUCCUAAGGGACCCAGAGAGUGAGAGAAUGAGAGACUGUUUUAUGUCUGUGUAAGCAGUUGUUCCACAUCUACUUUUCUCUGCACCACACUGUAACUAAAAACCUAUUCAUUUAAGUUUUGAAGUAUAUAUUUCAAGCCACAUUCAUUAGGAAUGAAUCUCCUUCCCUUUUCUUUACCACAUUCUUGCAGGGCUCUUGAAGCCUGAGCACUGAGUUCAGGCUUGGCAAGUCCCCACCCCCCUCUAAGGUCCGGGUUCAAGCUGUAUUUGGGUUCUUUUCUGCUGAUGACUGCAAAUUCAGCAGUGAAGUUCAAGAGAGGAUAGAUGAGCCCUAACACUGCUUAGGCCAGGAUCCAUUUCAGAGCUGAAAGGUGACAAAAAGUGCAAAAGUGAAUUUGGUCCAGGAAGGUUUUAAACAGCAAGCCAUAAAUUAUCCCUUUACCCCCCUUUUUUCCAUUCCUUCCCCCUUCUAAGAGAAGGCAUUUCCAGUAAAAGCUAAAAUUGUCUCAGAAAUUGGCUCCAUUCUUUUCAACACUCUGAAAGCUUUGCUGCUGAGAAGGACCCCUAGUGUUUUUGCCAGGUUUCUUCUCUUUCUGGCUUAUGUAUGUAUAUGUAUUUCCUACAUACAUAAAUAAUCACACACACAUUAUAUAUAUGUAUAGAGUGCAGGGUCAAGUUUUCCACCCAUAUGUCUUGAAGUGUGCACCUAAUCUAUGCUUGGGUUUGCAGGGCUGGCUGUUUCCAAAGCAUACUGCACCGUGGGGAAAGCUGACUUUUAUAGCCUAGUAAUGACUGUAGACAUACUGAUCAGGAAUACAUGGUUACUUGGCAUACCACUCAAAUAGCAAAGGGCUUUCUGUCCAUGUGACAUGCCAACUCCCAAGGACGAUCACCCAGGGCUCAAACUACUUAUGAUCUCUAAAGAAAGAUAUAUCGGAAAGGAUAAUAUACAUAUUCUUCCCAGUGAUACAGGGAAUACAGAGAAUAAUACAAUGAAACUUGAUUAAGUGCAUUAUUGAGAGGUGGAGAAAAUAAAAACAUAUUGGGGACGAGGCAAUUAUAGACUGAAGGAGAAGGGAAUGGAAAAUAGGCAUACCUUAACCAGCCUUUUUUUUCAGAAAUCCAAUCAACCUUUCUCCACAGUAGCAUUUAACCUCUAUCCAGAGAAAAAGCUAAAGAAAGCUGUUUCAGUAAAGGAAGGGGGGUUGGAAGAGUUUGAUUGUGGACUCAGAAAAGAGAGUGAAGAGUUGGAAAAAAAUGGAAGAAUUCUACAGAAAAGAGAAAGAGAGGGGAGAAAGAUAUGUAUAAAGUGACUACCUUUUGCUGUUACUCUCUGGCAUCCUUUUUCUAGUAAUUUUUAAAAGAAGACAGGUAACAUAAAUCAGCAAAAAACUCUGUGAACUAUGUGAACUAUGGUUUUAACGACAAGAAGGUACAGUGGUCCAAUGAUGGGCUGGUAAUUCACCCAAGCACACAGAGGCGUGGGGGCUAAGCGCUGCACCUCCUCCCCCACACACACACCCCAAGACACUAGCAGGGGCUGCACCCUUCCCUUACCUCCCUGGGGCCUGGGGCCUGGUCUACAAAUCUCCAGCAGAGGAAGAAGCAAACUGGCUCAGUGGGCUGCUGAGUGCUGGCCUGCAACUGAGCCAUGGGAUGUCCAGAGUGCCCCCGUCACCUUUCUGAGAGGGUGUCUGCAGGACUAAUAGCCUGUGACAUCCACUUAUAUAUAUAUAUAUAUAUAUAUAUAUACACACACACAUAUAUAUAUACGUAUAUAUAUAUAUAUAUAUAUAUAUGUACAUAUAUAUAUACACGUAUAUAUAUACAUACACGUAUAUAUAUAUGUGUAUAUAUUCAUGGUCAAGACAUUUGGCUAAAUCAGAUUUAGAUGUGGAUUUUUAUCUGGUAUUUCGUAUAGGCACAGCACUAACUGGGCAAGAAUUAUUCAGAGUACUUAAAUGUGCCUUAUACAUUUUUUUUUUGUCUGUUUGUUUUGUUUUGUUUUUGACCUGAGAAAACAUGACUUACUUGAAACAGAAACAUGCAGAAAGGUUAAUUUUGACACUCAGUAUAUAUUACAAGCUGUCAGACUAUUUUGACCUUUUUAAAGAAUAUGUUCUAAUGUUCCAAUUCAAAAUGUUUUUGUAUAAUAAUGUAGUCUGAAAACACUUAGAAAGGUUGACAUUCAGAUAUAAAUGUAUGAAAAUUAGCCAAAGAAAAUAAAAUAAAAUAGCUCACCAAAUCUAAUUCAGACAUUUGGUUCAUAUAAAUUUCUAAUAUUAUGUUGUCUUCUGCCUGUGUACUACUCCCAUUAUCUUUCCCCUCUCCUUGCUUUGCUUUUGGGUGGCCAUGAUUAAUGGCUUUCAUCCUUAAGACGCUUUCAUAUGUAGCUCAUCUCUAGAUGAGGACUUUUUCUCUAAUAUUUUGAUAUUAGUUUUUCUUUGUUGUUUGUUUUUCAUGAAAAAUCUAUUUUCUAAUCAUGAUCAGUACCUGCUUCUAAAAUUUAACCUCAACUAAAAUAUAAUACUUAAAUUUUCAAGGUAAAUUUUCAACUUUUUUCAUCUUGUGAAUUUGAGAAGUUUGAUAUCUUUUUCAUUAACUGUGCUAGGUUUGUCUCUUUUAGCAGGUUAACAGUAAAAAAAA